AUGGAUCUGUCCUCGUACUAUCAUCUCGUUUUCACUGUCCUGGCGGUGUUGGUUUGUGGGGUUAUUUACUUCUUCUCGCGUAAUGCGGGAGGGAAGGGCCUCAACCUCCCUCCGGGACCUCCCGGUUGGCCCGUCGUCGGCAACCUCUUCCAGUUCGCCCGCUCGGGGAAGCCGUUCUUCCAGUACGUGGAGGAUCUCAGGCCCAAGUACGGCCCGAUCUUCACGUUGAGAAUGGGGACCCGGACCAUGAUCAUCCUGGCCGACGCGAAGCUCGUCCACGAGGCCCUCAUCGAGCGGGGGGCGAUGUUCGCGACCCGCCCGAGGGAAAACCCCACCCGGGCCGUCUUCAGCUGCAACAAGUUCACGGUCAACGCCGCCAUCUACGGCCCUGUGUGGCGGUCGCUGCGGCGGAACUUGGUGCAGAACAUGCUCAGCUCGAGCCGGCUCAAGGAGUUUAAGGGUGUUCGGGAGGACGCGAUGGACAAGCUCAUUGACCGGCUCCGUGCCGAGGCCAAGGCCAACGGUGGCGCCGUCUGGGUGCUCAAGAGUGCGCGGUUCGCCUUUUUCUGCAUCCUCCUGGCCAUGUGCUUCGGCCUCGAGAUGGACGAGGAAACCAUCGAGCGGAUGGACGAGAUGAUGAAGACAGUGCUCAUCACCCUCGACCCUCGGAUCGACGACUACCUCCCGGUGCUGAGCCCCUUCUUCUCGAAGGAGCGGAGGCGGGCACAGGAAGUGCGGCAAGCGCAGCUCGACUUCGUGAUCCCAUUCAUCGAGAAACGGAGGAAGGCGCUCCAGAACCCAGGGUCGGACAAGACGGCGGCGUCGUUUUCGUACCUCGACACGCUCUUCGACCUCAAGAUCGAAGGGCGCAAGUCGGGGCCCACAAGCGCCGAGCUCGUGACGCUUUGCUCGGAGUUCCUGAACGGGGGGACCGACACGACGGGGACGGCGAUCGAGUGGGGGAUCGCGCAGCUGAUCGCGAACCCGGACGUGCAGAGCAGGCUCUACGAGGAGAUCAGGUCGACGGUCGGUGACCGGAAGGUGGACGAGAAAGACAUAGAGAAGAUGGCGUAUUUGAACGCUACGGUCAAAGAGCUGCUGCGGAAGCACCCACCCACCUACUUCUCUUUAACUCAUGCAGUUACUGAACCGACCAAGCUAGCAGGCUACGACAUACCUACAGAUGCAAAUGUGGAGAUCUACUUGCCGGCCGUCGGAGAGGACCCGAAGCUGUGGAAAAACCCAGAAAAAUUCGACCCGGAUCGGUAUAUCUCGGGCAAUGAAGAUGCCGACAUCACCGGGGUCACUGGCGUGAAAAUGUUGCCGUUUGGCGUGGGACGGAGGAUAUGCCCAGGACUCGCAAUGGCCACGGUUCACGUUCAUCUGAUGCUUGCGCGAAUGGUUCAAGAGUUCGAGUGGAGUGCAUAUCCUCCAAACAGCAAGAUCGACUUCACCGGCAAAUUGGAGUUCACGGUGGUCAUGAAGGACACUCUUCGGGCCACGAUCAAGCCUAGGGCUUGAGCCGAGAGGCCGGGAGGUCGCGCGUUCGAUCUCUCGCACUUUAUGUAUUUCAUUUUUUUCGUGGGGUUGUUCGAUUUAACUAAAACUACAGUGGCCCUGAUAAAACUGGAGGAUGGACCUUUUACUUCCUUUAAUUACUUUAGUUUAUUUAUGUCAAUGUCCUCUGUGAAAAUCCGAGGUUCAAUUGGAUUUGGAAGUUGAAAUAUAAGAUACCAAUUUUACUU